CAUUCGACUUCAAACUUUCUAGUAAGAAACAUCUGGUUUUAGAAAAUUACAAAAUCAUUUUUUAAAAAAAUACAAAUUUUGUAAAAUUUAUCUUUUGGGUUUGUAAAAAGCGUGAUGGAUUACGGCAACAGUGGUGCAGAAUUCAAUUGGAACUACAUGGGAGGCAUGGGAGGCGCUAGCGGCCAAGGCGGCCAAGGCAUGUCUGGCUAUAAUCCACAGGUGAGUCAGAUGAGUCAGGGCGGCUAUAGUAGCGGACAGGGUGGCGGACAGCAGUGGCUACACUCAAAUCAAGCCAACCCGCACUCAAACUACCAGCAGGGUAUGGCCUCCAAUUCGACUCCACCAGCUGCCUAUGAGGCAUACAAUCAGUCAAUGAUGCGUUACGCAAAUUUACCCAAAUCUGAAGGUGGCGGAAUGGGUCAGAUGGCUAUGAGUGCCAUGAGCGGUAAUUACGGCGCCUAUGCCGCCGGAAUGAACCGCAAUGGACUCGGCCAUGCUGGCGGUGGCAUGGGUCAAGGCGCCAAUAGCGGUUAUACCAGCUGGUAAAAGAUUGCGCACAGCCACUCUGCAUUCACGUAUUUUGCUCAUCCUUAUUCUGAAGCCGAAAUUUCUGACUAAUUCUCAUGUUAAAUUUAUAUUAAAUGAAAAAAUUAACGAAAGCA